AUGGUCAGCAGGAUGGUCACCAGGAUGGUCAGCAGGAUGGUCACCAGGAUGGUCAGCAGGAUGGUCACCAGGAUGGUCACCAGGAUGGUCAGCAGGAUGGUCACCAGGAUGGUCAGCAGGAUGGUCAGCAGGAUGGUCACCAGGAUGGUCACCAGGAUGGUCAGCAGGAUGGUCAGCAGGAUGCAUCACCCCCAUCACCUCCCAUCACCCCCAUCACCCCCAUCAUCCUACCAUCAUCCCCUAUUCCUCCACUACCCCAUCAUCCUCCACUACCUUCUCAUCCUCCCAUCACCCCAUCAUCCUCCCAUCACCACCAUCAUCCCCCAUCAUCCUCCCAUCACCCCCAUCAUCCUCCCAUCUCACACAUCAUCCUCCCAUCACCACCAUCAUCCCCCCAUCCAUCCCCAUCAUCCCCUAACACCCCAUCACCCUCCCAUCAUCCUCCCAUAUCAUCCCCCACCACCCCAUCCACCUCCCAUCCCCCACAUCAUCCUCCCAUCACCCCCAUCAUCCUCCCAUCCACCCAAAUCAUCUUCCCUUCCACCCCCAUCAUCCCCCACCACCCCAUCAUCCUCGAUCCUCCCACAUCAUCCUCCCAUCACCACCAUCAUCCUCCCAUCCACCCCCAUCAUCCCCUAUCACCCUCCCAUCAUCCUCCCAUAUCGUCCCCCACCACCCCAUCAUCCUACCAUAUCGCCCCCCACCACCCCAUCAUUCUCCCAUCCCACCAUCACUCCCCACCAACCCCAUCAUCCUCCCAUUCACCCCAUCAUUCCCUAUUACUCCAUCACCCUCCCAUCAUCUUCCCAUCCUCCCAUCAUCCUCCCAUCCCCCCUUCUCCCCCAUCAUCCUCCCAUCCACCCCAUCAUCCUCCCAUCCACCCCAUAUCACCCCAUCAUCCUCCCAUCCCACCAUCACCCCCCACCAACCCUUCAUCCUCCCAUCCACCCCAUCAUCCCUCAUCACCCCAUCACCCUCCCAUCAUCUUCCCAUCCACCCCAUCAUCCUCUAUCACCCCAUCACCCUCCAAUCAUCCUCCCAUCCACCCCCAUCAUCCCCCACCACCCAUCAUCCUACCAUCCCACAUCACCCCCUUCGCCCCCCCACCCCAUCAUCCUCCCAUCCACCCAAUCAUCCUCCCAUCCACCCCAUCAUCCUCCCAUCCACCCCAUCAUCCCCCAACACCCCAUCAUCCUCCCAUCCACCCCCAUUAUCCUCCCAUCCCCCCAUCAUCCUCACAUCCACCCCAUCAUCCCCCACCACCCCAUCAUCCUCCCAUCCACCCCCAUCACCCCAUCAUCCUCCCAUCCACCCCCAUUCCUCCCAUCUCCCCCAUCUUCCCCAUCAUCCUCCCAUCCACCCCCAUCAUCACCCCAUCACCCCCCACCACCCCAUCAUCCUCAUAUCCACCCCAUCAUCCCCUUCGUCUACCCCACCCCAUCAUCCUCCCAUCCACCCCAUCAUCCCCUAUCACCCCAUCACCCUCCCAUCAUCCUCCCAUCCACCCCCAUCAUCCCCCACCACCCCAUCAUCCUCCCGUCACCCUCCCAUCAUCCUCCCAUCCACCCCAUCAUCCCCUAUCACUCCAUCACCUUCCCAUCAUCCUCCCAUCCACCCCCAUCAUCCCCCACCACCCCAUCAUCCUCCACCACCCCAUCAUCCUCCCAUCCCACCAUCACCCCCUUCGUCCCCCCCCCCUUCAUCCCCCCCUCUUGCUAA